GUCAGCUAAGCGAACGUCUCGAUUCGUCAAAGUCUGAAAUUAAGCUGGACACCGCUCCCGCACCAAACCAAACUAAUUACCUCUUCCCGCGACCUCCUCCCCCGGCGUACCUCCGGAGAUCCACCCCGACCCACCACCGCGUGCCUCGGCAAUGGCCGCCGCUCCGACCACCGUAACCAAGUCCCCGCCGUCCCUGGUCCCGCCGGCGGGGCCCACGCCAGGCGGUUCCCUCCCGCUCUCCUCCAUCGACAAGACUGCCGCCGUCCGCGUCUCCGUCGACUUCAUCCAGGUCUUCCCCGCCCCUACGUCGGGGAAGGAGGACCGGAGCCCCUCCUCCACGAUCGCGGCUAUGCGCGAGGGCUUUGCCAAGGCGCUCGUGCCGUACUACCCCGUCGCCGGCCGCAUCGCCGAGCCCGUUCCGGGGGAGCCUGAGAUUGAGUGCACAGGGGAAGGGGUGUGGUUCGUGGAGGCCGAGGCCAGCUGCUCCCUCGAGGAGGCGCGGAACCUCGAGCGCCCGCUGUGCAUCCCCAAGGAGGAGCUGCUUCCUCGUCCGCCGGCCGGGGUGCGCGUGGAGGACACCCUGCUGCUCGCUCAGGUUACAAAGUUCACAUGUGGUGGAUUUGCUGUGGGCAUUUGCUUCAGUCACUUGGUGUUCGAUGGGCAGGGUGCUGCACAAUUUCUGAAAGCGGUGGGUGAGAUGGCUAGGGGCCUCCCUGAGCCAUCGAUCAAGCCAAUCUGGGCUCGUGAUGCCAUCCCCAACCCACCUAAGCCACCCCUAGGUCCGCCGCCGUCAUUCACCGCAUUCAACUUUGAGAAAUCGGUUCUUGAGAUCUCUCCGGACAGCAUCAAGAACGUGAAGGAUCAGGUUGCAAGUGAAACCAACCAGAAGUGUUCCACUUUCGACGUGGUCACUGCCAUAAUCUUCAAAUGCCGCGCCUUGGCAGUCGACUUCGCGCCCGACGCUGAGGUCCGCUUGGGCUUCGCAGCCAGCACUCGCCACCUGCUGAGCAAUGUGCUGCCCUCGGUCGAAGGCUACUACGGGAACUGUGUGUACCCAGGUGGUCUCACCAAGACCAGCCAGGAGGUGAAGGAAGCUUCGCUUGUGGAGAUCGUGACCGUGAUCAGGGAAGCCAAGGAAGCUCUGUCAUCGAGGUUCCUUGACUGGUUGAGCGGCGGCGCCAAGGAGAACCACUACAACGUGUCGCUAGACUAUGGCACCCUCGUCGUGACUGACUGGAGCCAUGUGGGCUUCAACGAGGUGGACUACGGGUUCGGUGAGCCGAGCUACGUGUUCACCCUGAACGACGACGUGAACAUCGUCCCCUCCGUUGUGUACCUGAAGCCGCCCAAGCCGAAGCAGGGCAUCAGGCUGGUCCUGCAGUGCGUGGAAGGCCAUCACUCUGCCGUGUUCGGCGAGGAGUUGCAGAAGCAUGCAUAGAGUGAGUGUAUUCUACAGUGGGAAUCUGUUGUAUUUUAUUUGUUGUGUCAAAUUGCUGCUCCCGGAAUUUGCUUGCAAUAAGGCAGAUUGGUCGUGUUUAUACUUUGUACCAUUAUCAGCACGUUACAUUAUACAUGUGAUGAAUAUUGACAGUGACGAAAGAAUAAUAAUGUUCCCAUUUGGAACAAA